GGUGAAGGCAGAAGGAAAAGGGCGACCAUGAAAAUGAGAAAAACAAACCAACAAAUGAAAAAUAGUCUAACAGAUGGAAAACUGUGAGAGUAUUUAGUAAGACUAUCCCAGGAUGCCAUUAUUGGCAGCAAAUUAAGUUUUCAUCGGUUUCUUUAUGCAACAUUUGAUCUAGCAGAAACAAUGAUCAGGUUAUUCAAAGUGAAGGAAAAGCAACAGGAAGUGUUAGACAAUGCAAAGGAGAAGGCACCAUUCAAGAAGCAAAGUGCAGGAGAAUUACGUGUUCAAAGAGAUAUAACUGAGUUGAACCUGCCAAAUACAAUUAACAUAGCAUUCCCCAAUGGACAAGAUGAUCUGAUGAACUUUGAGGUCACCAUUGAACCAGAUGAGGGAUACUAUAAAGGUGGCAGGUUUCUCUUCACAUUUGAAGUUACCCCAGUCUAUCCUCAUGAAGCACCAAAGGUCAAGUGCGAAACCAAGGUUUAUCAUCCAAACAUCGACUUGGAAGGGAAUAUCUGCCUUAAUAUUCUUCGUGAAGAUUGGAAACCAGUUCUCAACAUAAGCACUGUUAUUUACGGAUUGUAUUACCUAUUUACGCAACCAAAUUAUGAAGAUCCCUUGAAUCAUGAGGCAGCUGAAGUUUUGAGAGAUAAUCCAGAGACGUUCGAAUCAAAUGUGAAAAGGGCGAUUGCUGGUGAUCAAUGGAUUGGAACUACCUAUUUCCCUCGCCCCGAUUAUUAUUGAGAUCCCACUGUACCUCAUAAUGCUAACUCAAGGUCCAAGCUAGUCUUUUGCA